AUGCCAUUUUGGGACAGAGUCAUGGAAUUAUUGGGUCGCCCAGACGUGACGAAGGAACAGAGGGUCUUGGCGGAAGCCGGAUGUUUCCAAGGACUAACCGAAGAUCUGAAAUGGAGAACCGACAUAUAUCCAUCUGCCUACGAGAGGCUGGGGAAAGCGGGCUCUUCAGCCAUGGUUGUGGAUUCCUUCUUUCCCCCUCAGUUCUUGGCUGACUGCACGAGGAUGCCGUCGCGGUCCCCACAGAAUUCUGAAAUUUUUCACACAGCUAUUGAGUUUACUGGCGGCCCUCGACAGUCUGUGUUAUCAAUGGAAUCGGACAGCUCGUCUUGUCUCCGCUAUCACCCGCCCCCAGUAUAUCUCAUAUACUGUUCUGAGGAAUUCCUCGAUUACGAAUACGGCUGUAGGGCCACGUAUCAUGUGCGUCGAUGCUGUGACGUUCCUCCGCACGGGGCAGUUCUGACGUUGGCCUCAGUAAUGGAACAUAUAUGUCGCCUCGCGUUGCCCGCCAUUGACGAGCCUCAUCCGCAUCGCACAUCGCCCGUCUCCCAGUACGAACAAGAUCUUACCCGUGCAGGAUCUCAAAAAUCACAAAUCCAUUCUUACCCACACGCACCUCUUACGUCUGCUCCCCUCCUCCAGCGCCUCGCCUUCUCCGGGCAUAUUGUCCAGUGGCCGGGAACUCUCACGAGUAGUACUAGUUCUUUCUCAGCUGACCAACCAUCGAUGAGCCAGAAAACGCAAAUCCAGAUUUUUUACGCCUGCGUGAAGGAGGCGAGUGCAUUGGAGGACGUACUUUUCACCUGUCACAGCAUAUCGGAAGACCUGAGUUCCGAGUCUUUCGAAUUUCCGACGAUCAAGAGGAUAUCGUUAUAUGGGACAUUCUUCAAUGAAUCUAUCGUCGAAUCACUCUUUCACCGGGGAGACCUACGAUCAACCUAUGUCGACUCUCUCCGUGAGCUCCGCAUUUACUAUCCCUCGGCUGAAUAUCUUCCAUCCAUAUGCACCUUCAUCCGUGCGGCACCAAGCUCUUGGAAGAGCUUUGACAUUCGUUUCCGUUACGGAGCUUAUACGCCCGGUUCGUGGUCAAGGUGGCCAGCUCACCCGACGCUCCCUCUGACCAUGUCAACUCUCCAUGUCGAGAUGAAAUGCGAUCUGUACUGCGAUUGGCAUAUCAGGGUCAUGAGGUGGUUGGUACAUUCUAUCUCUGGCGCGACAGAUCCCGUCAGACUGGAGACGCUGACACUGACAAUCAUACCCCCAUAUAACCAUGAGGGAGAACAUGAGAACUGGGAAGACGAAGACUGGGCAGUGCAAUGGUCCAGCCUUGACCAAGCUCUCGCUCGUCCAGAAAUGUCAUCGUUUCGUCUUUUGAAGGUUGCAUUCAGACUGCACCCUACAGACUUCAGUCCAUGGAGAGGACCGUACUCUAGAGAGUGGGUGAAGGGAAAACUGCCACUCUUGGAGGAGAACGAUAUGCUAGAGGUGGAUAUUAUCGAAAAUCAUAUAUUGUAG